AUGUCGAUGGAGAACCUGGAGGACAGGAGAGGACAGGAAGAGAACAUUCAGGUCAUCUCGCGCAGGGAACCUAGCCCAGCAGCCGGAGAUCUGGCCGGAGGGUUGAAGAUGGAGCUGUCCCGGCCUCUGCAACAGCUGCCCAGGGCUCUACGGCUCCAGUUCCUGCUCCUGAUGCUGCUGCUGCUGCCUGAAUGGUGCUGGGGCAAGUACGUGAAAGGCAAUCUGAGCACCAAGGAGGACUGGGUCUUUUUGACUAGAUUCUGCUUCUUUUCUGACUAUGGACGCUUGGAUUUCCAGUUCCGCUACCCAGAGACUAAAUGCUGUGAGAACAUCCUUCUUUAUUUUGAUGAUCCUUCCCAGUGGCCAGCUGUUUACAAAAAGGGAAAUAAGGAUUGUUUGAUGAAAGAAUCGGUAAUCCGCCCAGAAAACAAUCAAGUUAUCAACCUUACAACACAGUAUGCCUGGUCUGGGUGCAAGUUGGUGACAGAGAAUUCAGUCCGGUAUCUGAGCUGUGCAAGUGGGAGAAGCUUCCGUUCUGUCCGGGAGCGCUGGUGGUAUGUGGUCCUCAGCAAGUGUGGGGGCGAUGGUUUGGAACUGGAAUAUGAGAUGAUUUUGACUAAUGGCAAAUCGUUCUGGACACGUCACUUUUCUGCUGAUGAAUUUGGCAUCCUGGAAACCGACAUCACUUUCUUGCUUAUAUUCAUCCUGAUCCUCAUCAUUUCUUGCUAUUUUGGCUAUCUGUUGAAAGGUCGGCAGCUUCUGCACACCACGUACAAGAUGUUCAUGACAGCAGCUGGAGUAGAGGUACUCAGCCUGAUGUUCUUCUGCAUAUAUUGGGGCCAGUAUGCAAGUGACGGUAUUGGAAAUGAUAGUCUCAAGAUCUUGGCCAAGCUCCUUUUUUCUGUCAGUUUCCUGAUAUUCCUCUUGAUGCUCAUCCUCCUGGGAAAAGGAUUCACAGUUACCAGGGGUCGGAUCAGCCACACCGGCUCCAUCAAGCUUUCCGUGUACAUGACACUCUACACCAUCACCCAUGUUGUGCUCUUUAUCUAUGAGGCUGAGUUCUUUGAUCAGGCGCAGGUGCUGUAUACCUACGAAUCGCCAGCUGGAUAUGGCCUGAUCGCCUUGCAGUUUGUGGCUUACAUCUGGUUCUGCUAUGCCAUCCUCAUCACUCUCAAGCAGUUCCCGGAGAAGCAACCUUUCUAUGUGCCAUUCUUUGCUGCUUAUACCCUUUGGUUCUUUGCUGUUCCAGUCACUGCACUUAUUGCUAACUUUGGCAUACCAAAGUGGGCCCGGGAGAAAAUAGUCAAUGGCAUCCAACUGGGGAUUCAUCUCUAUGCUCAUGCGGUUUUCCUGAUUAUGACAAGGCCCUCAGCAGCCAAUAAGAACUUCCCAUACCACGUGCGGACGUCACAGAUUGGGAUUGUCGAGGAGGCUGCAACAGGGGCCAAAUUUCCACAUCACGUGUAUGGCAAUGUGACUUUCAUCAGUGACUCAGUGCCCAACUUCACAGAGCUUUUCUCCAUUCCCCAGAGUACGGGAAGCAGCACCAGCAAUCCCCGCAAACAAACAGAAGACACCUCUUCUGCUGAUCGUAGCCUGACCUCUAACUGCGUGGUCACCACCUCAGAGCUCAGCGGUGCCCCUGUGCUGUUGAAACCAUCCCUGGGGAGCGAGACCCAGCCUCCGCCCUACCAGCUCCAUGCUCCCCAACUACACCAACAUAACGGCUAUACCGAGUAUUUUAGCAUGCAUACAACUGGCGCCCGGCCCGUGUAAGGGUCUCCUGACUCUCUUUCUGGCUACCCUGAUUCCUGUCUCGACAUUUUCUGGGGCUCCCUCUCUCAGACAAUGUCCCCCAUCCUUGGUUUCUCUUCUGGGCCCCCUUUCACCUACGACAGCUUUUCCCUUUUGAGGUCCUGUCAAAUCAUGUCUUCUUGGAAUACUGCAGACCCACUCCUUUAGCAAUGAUACCAGGAAACCAA